AGACAGACAGAGAGACACAGAGAGAGAGAGACAGAGAGAAAGAGAGUGAGAGAGAGAGAGAGAGAUUCGCAGCUUUCUCGCAAAAAAAAGUUGCGUUUCUUCAAAAUGGGUUAUAAUUCACCCAUCCAAAAUGUCGUAGCGUGCGGAUUUCUGUAAAUCAGCUGAUUAAGGUUUUGCACCUCGCGAGUUACUUGAGCGGUUCACAAGUCGCUCUAGUGUAAAACCCCGCACACCGGCUGAGCCGCGCGCGCAUUAACGGAUCCUAAUGCCUACUCGAGGAGGAACGUGUUCUGUUUCAGUUUGUCGGCACCUCCGAGUGAAUUUCGUGUAGCGCACGGCGCAGUUCCCUUCCACGUUGGCGCGCUGCUCCAACCCAGUUGUUGCGGCGCGGUCGGAGGCGCUCAGCGGGAGGAAGAGGAGGAGGAGGAGGAGGAGAUCCGGAGAGUCGCGCGCGCAGCCUAACUAACUAACUAACGCACGGCGGACGGGGCGCGUGCGUAGCGCUGAUCCGAUCUGAUUCCGAUUUUGAGUUCGUCCGAAACGAGUUGCGUUGGGACUUGUGUGUCGCGUCAAGCAGGAGGUGGAAGAAAGGUCUCGUCCAGUUAAAAUGAGAGUCAGUUGGUCGCGAGCAAGAGAAGUCCUCUCAUGACACCCACCAGAGCAAUUCCGAUGAACGAUUCCGAGACAUCUUUGGAUUCCCUAAAGAGUGGAUCGCACGCGCUAAGAAGCAUGAGAAACCCGUGGCGGUGGCCCCGGAACACCGUGUUGGAAUACUGGACAGCGGUCAUGGUGUGGCUUGUUUGGAUUCAGUGCUCUUGCGGGAUGCCGCAUGUCAUACGGAUAGGAGGUAUUUUUGAACAGACAGAUGGUCCAGUCUCACUCGUCAGUGCAGAGGAACUGGCAUUUAAAUUUGCUGUCAAUAACAUCAACAGAAACAGAACAUUAUUGCCAAACACAACAUUAACGUAUGACAUCCAGCGGAUUAAUAUCUAUGAUAGCUUUGAGGCCUCAAGGAAAGCUUGUGACCAGCUGUCUUUAGGUGUUGUGGCCAUAUUUGGGCCAUCUCAUAGCUCCUCGUCAAAUGCAGUACAGUCAAUCUGCAAUGCACUUGAGGUUCCACACAUCCAGGUGAGGUGGAAGCAUCACCCCAUGGACAACAGAGACACGUUUUAUGCCAAUUUGUACCCAGACUACUCCUCCCUCAGCUAUGCCAUCCUGGAUCUAGUACAAUUCCUCAAGUGGAAAACAGCCACUGUGGUGUAUGAUGACAGCACUGGUUUAAUUAGACUCCAGGAGUUGAUAAUGGCCCCUUCCAGGUACAAUAUAAGGCUGAAAAUCCGACAACUCCCUCUGGACACAACUGACACCCGACCCCUAUUAAAGGAGAUGAAAAGGAGCAGAGAAUUCCGCAUCAUCUUCGACUGUAGCCAUAUCAUGGCUGCACAAAUUCUUAAACAAGCCCAGAUGAUGGGAAUGAUGACGGAGUAUUACCACUACAUCUUCACUACUCUGGAUCUUAUGGCAAUCAAUCUAGAGCCUUACCGUUUCUGUGGUGUCAAUAUGACCGGUUUCCGCAUCCUGAAUGUGGAUAAUCCGCAAGUGGCUUCCAUUGUGGAGAAAUGGUCCACAGAGAAGCAGAUCCCUCCAAAGCCUGACUCUGGUCUGCUGGAAGGAAUUAUGACGACAGAUGCUGCUCUGACAUAUGACGCGGUCCACAUUGUAUCCGUCUCCUACCAGCAUGCACCACAGAUGACAGUCAACUCGCUGCAGUGUCACCGCCACAAGCCCUGGAGGUUUGGUGGGCGGUUCAUGAGCUUUAUUAAGGAGUCUCAGUGGGAUGGCCUGACCGGUCGUUUGUGUUUCAACAAAACCACUGGCCUAAGGACUGAUUUUGACUUAGACAUUGUUAACCUGAAGGAAGAUGGCCUGGAAAAGGUGGGAAAGUGGAGUGCUUCAGGAGGCCUGAACAUCACAGAGCUCCCUAAGAGGAAUGGCAUGAACAUCACUGACUCACUCUCCAACCGCUCGCUGGUCAUCACCACAAUACUGGAGGAGCCAUAUGUCAUGCUUAAAAAGUCUGACAAAGCACUUGUUGGAAAUGACCGCUUUGAGGGCUUCUGCAUUGACCUCCUGAAGGAACUGGCGGGUAUUCUGGGAUUUUCUUAUGAGAUCCGUUUGGUGCCUGAUGGGAAAUAUGGCUUUCAGGAUGACAAGGGCCAAUGGAAUGGCAUCAUAAGAGAGCUUAUGGAGCAUAGAGCAGAUUUGGCUGUAGCUCCUCUUACAAUUACCUUUGUGAGAGAAAAAGUGAUUGACUUCUCCAAGCCAUUCCUGAACACUGGGAUCAGCAUCCUGUACCGCCGACCAAACAAUACUAAUACCGGUUUCUUCUCCUUCCUCAAACCCAUGACCCCUGAUAUCUGGGUCUAUAUCCUGCUGGCCUAUCUGGGUGUUAGCUGUGUACUGUUUGUCAUUGCCAGAUUUAGCCCUUAUGAGUGGUAUGAUGCACACCCAUGCAAUCCAAGCUCUGAUGUGGUGGAGAACAACUUUACACUCCUGAACAGCUUCUGGUUUGGCGUGGGCUCCCUUAUGCAGCAAGGUUCUGAGCUGAUGCCCAAAGCUCUCUCCACACGUAUUAUUGGGGGCAUCUGGUGGUUCUUCACCCUUAUCAUCAUCUCCUCCUACACAGCCAAUUUGGCAGCUUUCCUCACUGUGGAGAGAAUGGACUCUCCUAUUGACUCGGCUGAUGACCUGGCCAAACAAACCAAAAUUGAAUAUGGUGUAGUAAAAGAUGGAGCAACUAUGUCAUUUUUCAAGAAAUCUCGAGUAUCAACAUUUGAAAAGAUGUGGGCCUUCAUGAGCAGCAAACAGAGCACAUCCCUGGUCAAGUCUAUUGAAGAUGGCAUUCAAAGGGUCCUGAAGUCUGACUAUGCCCUGUUAAUGGAGUCUACAACCAUUGAAUAUGUGACUCGCAAGAACUGUAACCUAACCCAAUUUGGAGGCAUUAUUGACAGCAAGGGUUAUGGCAUUGGCACCCCCAAAGGCUCACCAUACAGAGACAAAGUGACCAUAGCCAUUUUGAGCUUGCUGGAGGAUGGACGCCUACACAUGCUGAAGGAAAAGUGGUGGAGUGGAAGCAGUUGUCAGGAAGAUGAACGAUAUGAAACAGGGCCGAUGGGCAUUCAAAACCUGGGUGGCAUCUUCAUUGUGCUCGCCUCAGGCCUGGUGCUUUCCAUUUUUGUGGCUAUAGGGGAAUUCAUCUACAAACUUCGAAAAACAGCAGAACGUGAACAGGUCUUUCUGCAGUGCGGUAGUGGAAGAGAUCAAACUGUCGUUCACGUGCGAGAGAAGAGUGAAACACAAGCGGCACCAUGCACCACCCACAGCGAAGACGGACGCCGUGAUCAACAUGCACACCUUCAACGAGCGGCGUCUACCGGGAAAGGACAGCAUGAGCUGCAGCAGCGCUGCAAUGACGCCCGUGUUUCCAUGACAUGCCUGGGUGACGGUCACUUGAGGCACAUGCCCAGCGCUGUGACCGAGAGCAUGGACUAUGGCUCCGAAAUGAUAACAGCAUUCACCCUCAACCGCAGAGACACCCGCAACCACACAGCCAAGCAGAACGGUGGUGCGAGCAGCAACCCAGGUAACGAUCAUGUCCUCAAACCUAUGUAUCCCACCAUGCCACUGAGGGAGGGAGGACGCUCUGUGUCCUUUCUCUGAGCAACGAACAAUGAGGCUAGAGCUAGCUACGACAGAGUCUGAUGUUUAUGUAUGAAAAACAAAAUGUUCACCAUCUGUUCGCUGGAAAACAAGGUGUGCCCAGUAACCCCCCCCCUUCGCCCCACUAUCCCCACACCUAUUCCACACAUACAGAGAAGAAAAGACAUAAGCAAUCCAUUGGAAGAAAUGAUUUAAAAGAGAUAAGAGGCUUCUUUGAAGUAUGGCAAUAAAAGAACUCCAAACUGACACAAAGGGUGUAGAUUUUUGUCCUGGAGUACCAUUUAUAGCACAUAAAAUUAAUUUAAAAACGUGUGCCCUCACUGUUUUUAUUUGGGUUUGUAAAGAACUGAGGGUCUUUGACGCUACUCUGGAGAAAAUGAUUCUAUCAGGCUACAUUGUGCAGAUGCUUUGAAUCUUUUAUUUAAUUUGAGUUUGUAGACUCUCUCAUUGGUAAUAUUAGCAGUUAGUGACAGUGUGCAAAGAUUUUGAUCUGCAUUCCCAAGAAGGCUACAGAGACAGUGGCCUGCUUCCUGGUUCACAGAAUGAAUGCACAAAACAAACAGGGUUGACAUAAUUCAAACUAGCAAACCAUAUUGCCAUUUGAAUUAACAGACUUGUUUCCUCCCCCUAUGGAAUUACAGUAAUAAAGGUUCUGAAAGAUGCGCUCUGUCUUAUCAUAGUGCCAUGACUAAAUUCAAUUUGUUUUGUGCUCUACAUUGCUUGUGCCACCAGAUGUUUUGUACACAUUUGAUGAUAAUGAGAUGACUGAUUAACAUAAUAAUUGCCAAAGAUCUGUCCACAAAAAAAAACAAAAACAAAAAAACGCUAGAUAUUUAAAUACACCGUACAGUCUAAAAGUGCAGAGAAUAAGAAUGAUUCAGUUGCUUGGUAAACUGUUUAAUGUGCAGAUUCAUUUACUUAUUUUUCAUAUUUAAUGUUUCAUCUUAAGGCAUAAUUUCUAACCACAUAAUAAAUGACGAAACAUACUUAGUUUGGUAUAAUUCAGUAAGCAGGAGCAAAUAUAAUUGGAAACAAAUCUUUCAUUAACUGCAGUGUGGUGAUGAUUUGCAUUCUGCGUAACACAUUUACUUUUUCAUUUCAAAACAAAUAGCAACAUAUUUGUAGAGAUGCAUACAUCCAUCAAAUUAAAUAUCUGCCUAAUGUGUGGAUAUUAGAUUUUUUUAUUCAGGAUGGCCUUUGUUAACAGCAUUUGCAAUAUGACAUUAGCACACUAUGUAUCCAGGCUUUUCAUUUAUUUCUGUACUUGUUGUCAGGGCCAUUGGGUAAAAAGACUUGUAAAAAGGAUAAGAAGAAAGAAAAAAUGGUCAUGUCAUUGUGUUGUAAUUUUCAUAAUGUACAAUAUUAGAACAGGAAAGCACAUAUCUACAUACACAAUAAAAAACUGUCUAAUAACCUGCAGAUAACUGUAGGUGUCACAUUCCCACAAUGUACACUUUAUGCAGUGACCCUCCUUUCAAUGUGUGUGUGUGUGUGUGUGUGUGUGUGUGUGUGUGUGUGUGUUCAUUUUGUUUUAUAUAAGUGCUUAUGUGCACACAUGCAUGCAAGUAUGUGUGCAUUUCAUCUGGCAAAAUUUCUAAAUGCUUAAUGGCAUUGGCUCUUGCAUAGCCUUUAGCCGUUAUUCAUUUCGCAGGUAUGAGCUAAAAGCUCUACAGCAGCAGUUAGGCUUUUAGCAUGCUGUAUGUGAGAAGGUGCUGCAGUCAGCCGUGAUGUUCACUGAAAGUAGCAUUCUGAUUCUUUAUUUGCGGUUUUUGAGGGUUCAUUGCUGCCUCGAGCUUACUGGGAUUCCUCAGUACUAAGGCAAAAAAAAAAAGAAAAUCAAAAAGAAACCAUAAUGAUUAGAUUUCUUAUACAGACAGAGGAAAAGGACUCCCUUUUUUAUACUAGUCUUAUUUCUCCUAGACAGUGACCAACAUUAUGUGGCUGUUUUUAUAGACUGCAUUAGCAUAGGUUCAGUGUCAAGGUUUCCUUAGUUUGUGUAGAUGUGACAUACAAUACAGAUGACCAGUGUUAGCAUUAUGAGACGUAGGUGCUAAGAGUCUUGCUGCCUUUUCGGGUAGCUCAAGAGACAGCAUACCUCUGUGAGGUAAAUAUAAAGGACGGUGUCAAAACAACAAUAACAAAAACAACAAAAAAACAACUAAAAACAAAA